CCCAUCAGCAGCAGCCACCGGAGCCGAGCGCAGCAGCAUGUCUAUGGGACACUGAGGACUUCAUCUGACCGCCCGCAGGACACGCACUGGUUUACUCCUCCUCCUCCUGCAUUUAUUUUCAUCGCUUUGAUUUUUUUUGAUUUUUGAUUUUUGACUUUUUACAUUUUGUCUUCUACAAGGGAACUUUUUUUUUUUGAAUCGCGUUUGCGUUCAGAAACUUUCACUUAUGAUUCGCGAAUAUGGGGUCAAGUUGUGGUUUCUCUCGGGGAAUCAUCGCUGUGGUGCUGCUGCCACUGCUGCUGGAAGGAGCUACAGCACUCUACUUCCCUCAGAAUAAGUACAUUGAGACGAUUUAUGUUGGUCAGACAGCAGGGACGCCGAUCCUCCAGAUCCACGCCAUGCUGGACAAUGACUCUGAGCAGCCACAUUACUACUUGUGCUGGAUGAACCCCUACAGAGGACUGUCCUUCAAUUCCUGGUUUAGCCUGGAUGUCAUCACCGGGAUACUAUCUUUGAACAAAACCCUAGAGGAGAGCGACUUUGCUUUGCUAAAUCAAAAUUCAUGGUCUGUGACGAAGUUGGACCUGCAUGCCACGGUGUUACCUAACUUCACCAAGAGGCCCCUGUGCAGAGGCCCCCUUCGAAUCAGCCUGGACUUUGUCAAUGCCACAAUACCGCAGUGUGCUCAAACAGACAUGAAGGAACUGUGCUUCCCUCACAGAGACGCCUCCAAUCCCCACAUCACAGAGAACAGGUUCCCCGGGCCCUUGCGGCAACUCCGACGUCUCACCAGACUCAACAUCUGCCCCAACUACACCAUCUCUUACAGCGUGGAGUCAGACACACCAGCACCAUUUGCUGUAAACGAGAACACCACAGAGCUGAUUGUGACGGCUCCUUUAGACCGAGAGGAGAGUGAACGUUAUAGGCUCCUGCUGGUUUGCACAGUUCGGACAGAGACGCUCAUCACCAAGGUGGAAACUUCACUGGAUGUUUUUGUCAACGAUGAGGAUGAUAAUGCACCGUAUGUGAAUGGAACAGACACGGCAGAUAUUGUCAUCAGCUACAAUCGGACAAAAGGUGGCUCCUUUGGUACCUUGUAUGUCUUUGACAGGGAUUUAACUCCCAUCUAUCCCAUAGACCAGAGUCAAAAUAAGUAUGUGGGAACCUUGCUCAACAGCGAUCCAUGGAUAAAAGACACAUUAGAUAUAAAAGGCACCUUCACUGAAAAGAAAGUUGCUUAUGGUGGCAUUCGAGAGACCGUCCACAACUACCAGCUUGUCCUCAAGAGGAACUUGUAUGUGACUGAGAAUCGCACCCUGCAGCUGGACUACCUAGUCAAUGACACCACCUACCCUGGUCUACAGGGAACAGUGUUGCUGCACUUCAAUGUCACCAUCUUACCAGUCCAAAUUCGCUUCGCCAACGUCACACAUAUGUUCACACUGACACGCAGGGCUUCUCUUUAUGCACAGGUUGGCAGAGUCUGUGUGGAAAACUGCCAGCAGGCUGAUGGCUUCAGUGUCACAUACCGGCUCGAGGUGCCAGAUAAGAACGCGUCUGCUGAUGUGCAGUCCUGCUAUGCAGCCAUAAGCAUCACACAGGCCCCCGAUGAGAUGUGGGGGCUGCUCUAUGUGAAUGACACCGAAGCACUGCGCAGACCUGAGUGCAAAGACCUGCAGUACAUUGUUAUAGCCCAGGAGGAGUACACACAGCUGGAGACUAGCACUCAGAUCCACAUCAUACUUGAUAGUGACGCAAGCAAGGCCAGUCAGGACAGCCAGCAGUUCCUGUCCUGUGCAGAAAACAGACGGCGAGGAGACUGUGAGUCAGCCCGAGGCCUGGGGGCGACGACAGGGAGAUGCCAGUGGAGGCAAGGCACAGAGAGAGGAAUAUCUGAAAAUUACUCGACCUGCUCCCCUGACCUGGGAACUUGUCCAGACAGCUUUUGUGAUGCUGUUGAAAGCAAAGAUGCAUCAAUAUGCCCACAAGAUUGCACAAAGGAACCUGUAAUCGGAGGUCAUGAACGAGGCCUGAGGAACGGCAUCCAGGCUGGCCAUGGAACCUGCUACUGCUACUCUCAGAAAUGUUUCUGUGAGAAGGAAGCUGAAGAAGAGGUGAUAUGUGACGAUAUGUGUAAGACCAUCAUUGCCACGGCUCUGCUCUUGUCCUUCAUCGUCUCCAUCCUCCUGUCCUCAUACUUCAUCCACCGGUACCACAAGAACUCACCCAAGCCCCCGAUAGCCUCGGCUGAGAUGACUUUCCGCCGGCCAGCUCAGGCUUAUCCAAUCAGCUUCCCUGCUAACAACCUACGCAGAGGCUCACAGGAAUCCAUUGAGACAGACACCUUCAAAAUACCUGAGGAUCCAAAGUGGGAAUUUCCUCGUAAAAACCUGGUGCUUGGCAAGACUUUAGGAGAAGGAGAGUUUGGGAAAGUUGUCAAGGCAACGGCAUUCAGGCUGAAAGGAAAAGCUGGUUACACCACUGUGGCUGUGAAAAUGCUUAAAGAAAAUGCCUCACAUAGUGAGCUGCGUGACCUGCUGUCAGAAUUCACUUUACUGAAGCAAGUCAACCAUCCGCACGUCAUAAAGAUGUAUGGAGCGUGCAGCCAGGACGGUCCAUUGUACCUCAUUGUGGAAUAUGCCAAGUAUGGGUCACUCCGCAACUUCUUGCGUGAGAGCCGGAAAGUUGGCCCAAGCUACAUGGGAAGAGACGCCAACCGAAACUCCAGCUACUUGGAGAACCCAGACGACAGGGCACUCACAAUGGGCGACCUGAUCUCCUUUGCAUGGCAGAUAUCAAGAGGCAUGCAAUACCUGGCCGAAAUGAAGCUUGUUCAUAGGGACCUUGCAGCACGAAAUGUCCUUGUGGCUGAAGGACGAAAGAUGAAGAUCUCGGACUUUGGCCUUUCAAGAGACGUGUAUGAAGAGGACUCUUAUGUUAAGAGGAGCAAGGGCCGUAUACCUGUAAAAUGGAUGGCAAUAGAGUCCUUGUUUGAUCACAUUUACACAACACAAAGUGACGUCUGGUCCUUUGGUGUGCUGUUGUGGGAGAUAGUAACACUGGGAGGUAAUCCAUACCCAGGCAUUGCUCCUGAACGCCUGUUUAACCUCCUGAAGACCGGCUACAGGAUGGAGAGACCAGAGAACUGCACGGAGGAAAUGUAUAACCUCAUGCUACGCUGUUGGAAACAAGAAUCAGACAAGAGGCCGACAUUCUCAGACAUCAGCAAAGAGCUGGAAAAGAUGAUGGUGAAAAGUCGGGAUUACCUGGACCUGGCGGCUUCCACGCCAGCCGACGCCCUGCUGUACGACGACGCCCUCUCUGAAGAGGAUACACCACUAGUGGACUGUAAUAACGCCCCUCUCCCUCGAACCCUCCCCUCCACAUGGAUUGAAAACAAGCUCUAUGGCAUGUCAUACCCGAACUGGCCUGAGAAGAGCCCGGUACCACUCAACAGACAUGAUGCCACUAAUCCAGUCUUUACAAGAUAUGCCAAUGAUAGUGUUUAUGCAAACUGGAUGGCUUUGCCUUCACCCGCUAAAGCUGUGGACAAGCUUGAUAGCUAAAGACAAACCACCACUGUAGAAAAGAUGACUAAUCGGUAGAUGUGUAUAUUUCUAUGAGACUGUACAUAUACAAUCUGAUGCUAAAGUUGGUUCCCUUUUAUUUCUGUUGCACGGGUAUUCAGCGUUUAAAACUGGGGUCUUUCUGCUGCAAAACCAGCUGGAUCAACAUAGACCAUGCUUCAUUCAGCUCUUCAGUAUGUUAAUUAUUACCUCACGGUCAUGUUGGCCAAGUUUGUAUCACUGCAUGACUAUUGUACCAGAUUGUAUGUCAGUGUCAAUGUCUUUUAAGUGCCUGUGCCGCUUCUACAAUAGCCUCCAAUUAUUAAUGUGCGACUGUGAAGAUCGUGUUCCAGCCCAGGAAUUAAAGGGGACGUCUUUACCAUCACCUGUUGUAGACAGCUGGGAUUGAGGGGACAAAAAGGAAAAUGCUGAACUUAUUCUGGAAAUGUAAAGUUUGUACUUCAGAGGAUUGUGCUCCUCACAAUGUCAAAGACCCAUUUUGUGUUUUCCCAACAUGAUGUUUCAAAACUGUUCUUACCAAAGAAAAGUAACACAGACAUGUCGAGUGAACGGUUUUCUUGCUUUGUUCUUGGGUUUGUUUUUGUUUUUUACAUGAAAUAUAUCAACUCUUGAGUGCUAGUCCAGUAUAAGGACAUGAGACUUAAUGUAGAUUGUGACCAUGUCCCCUGUCAAACUACAGUUCACUUUUUCAUUCAUUGUCAUGGAAAUCUUUGUGGGAAAGAUGUAUGAUUAUGUAAACUAAUGAGUGUUAUCAUUGUUAUGUUAUUUGAUUAUGUUCCAAUUAAUAAUAAACAGUAAAAAUGUG